AUGUCUUCAUCAAAACCAAACAUACCACCACCGCCGACAGUGGUCCUAGAGAAACGAAUAACCCACGUCGACAAAGAUGGCAAACUUAUCUUCAAGCCCUCGCGCGAGUUCCUCCUCGCCUUCGGCGCACUCUGCACCGUCGCCCUGGCCGUCGCCUUCGACGCCACGACCCUCUCCGUCGCCCUCCCGACGAUGAGCGCAGAGCUCGGCGGCACCGCCCUCGAGGCCUUCUGGUCCGGCACCAGCUUCCUCCUCGCGAGCACCGUCCUCCAGCCCACCGUCGCCGGCCUGAGCAGCAUCUUCGGCCGCAAGCCCCUCGUGUACGUCUCGGCCCUCUUCUUCGCCGCGGGUUCGGUUGUCGGCGCCGUCGCAAAGAGCUUCCGCGUCGUCAUCGUCGGCCGCACGAUCCAGGGUGUCGGCGGCGGCGGCAUCCUUGCGCUGUGCGAGGUCAUCGUGACGGACCUCGUGCCGCUCUACGUGCGCGGGCAGUGGUUCUCGCUGCUCUCGGCCGUCUGGUCCGUCGGGACGGUCACGGGCCCGCUGAUCGGGGCCGGCUUCGCGCAGAACGUGACGUGGGCGUGGAUCUUCUGGAUCAAUCUGCCCAUCAUCGCCGUCGGCGUCGUCAUGAUCUUCUUCUUCCUGAAGCAGGCCAAGAUCCCGGGCGACAUCGCGGGCAAGCUCGGCCGGUUCGACUGGCUGGGGAGUUUUCUCUUCACGGCGGGCUCGACGAGUUUUCUGUUUGGGAUCUCGACGGGCGGCGUCAUGUACGAGUGGAAAUCCUUCAGGUCGCUUCUGCCCCUUGUUCUGGGGGUCUUCAUCCUCGUUGCGUUUGGAGUCUGGGAGUUGAGUUUCGCAAAGGAGCCCAUGAUUGACAAAGGAAUCUUCAACAACUGGACCAUGGUUGCGAAUUACAUCAUGACGGUCUUUCACGGCAUGAUUCUCUGGUCUCUUCUUUACUUUCUCAUCCUCUAUUACCAAGCCGUAAAGUCGUACUCUCUCGUCAUAUCUGCCGUCGCCGCCCUCCCAGAGACCCUCACCGUCGCCCCCGCCGCUAUGGCCGUCGGCCUCAUCGCUGGCAUCACGGGUAGAUACCGCUGGUCCAUCUGGUCAGGCUGGGUCAUCACGACCCUCGGAGCGGGGCUCCUGUGUCUCAUGAAGCCCGGGACCACCGUGCCGGCCUGGAUCUGGCUCAACAUCCCGAUCGGGCUGGGCACCGGCAUGCUCUUCCCGGCCAUGGCCCUCUCGAUCCAGGCGGCGUGCGAGCCCGCGCUCAACGGCCAGGCCGCCGCGUUCUACUCGUUCCUCCGGACCUUUGGCCAGUCCCUCGGUGUGGCCGUCUCCGGAGUCAUCUUCCAGAACGCGUUCCGCGAGAAGCUGGCGGCCGUGCCGGACCUGGCGCACCUCGCGGACGAGUACUCCCGCGACGCGACCAUCGUGGUGGAGAUCAUCAAGCAGAUGCCGCGGGACGCGGUGCGCGCCGAGCUGGUGGAGGCGUACUGUGACGCGCUGAGGGCGAUAUGGAUCAGUCUAAUUGCGUUUUCUGGAUUUUGCAUGGUUCUGAGUCUGACGAUCAAGAGGUACAGCCUGGACCAGGAGCAUGUGACGGAACAGGGGCUGGUGACCAGCGAUGAGACCAGUCGGGAGGAUUUACAGGGGCGUAAGGAUGUGGAAAGGGGCGCGUGA